GUCUGCUCCCCUCAUAAGACCAUGUCUCGCGCUUCCUGCCGCUGCCGGCCGCUGCUUCCCGCGCUUCUGCUGGCGCUGGCGGCGGCGUCCACCGCGUCUUCCCGGCCCACCUUCCACGUGUCCGAGGACGCCUACCUGAACACGCCGGAGCGUGUGCGGAAGUACGGCUACCCGGUGGAGGAGCACUGGGUGACGGGCGAGACGGGCUACGUGAUGCGCGUGUUCCGGGUGCCUCGCGGACGCCCGCAGCCGCAGACACAGGCCCGGCCAACAGACGCUGCUCGGCCCGCCAUCUACCUGCAGCACGGCGUCGUCGCCAGCUCUGACAUCUGGCUGCUGCUCGGCGAAAAGUCCUUUCCAUUCGUGCUGGCGGACGCUGGCUAUGAUGUGUGGCUGGGCAACGCCCGUGGCAACGUGUACUCCACCAACCACACGCGGCUGGACCCCAACAGCGAGGAGUUCUGGCAGUUCAGCUGGCACGAAAGCGGGAUGGAGGACCUGCCGGCGGUGGUGGACUACGUGCUGCAGCAGACGCGCCGGCCGCAGCUGGUGUACGUGGGGCACUCGAUGGGCGGCACCAUGUUCUACGUGCUGGCCUCGCUGCGGCCCGAAUACAGCCGCAAGGUGCGGGCCGCGUUCCUGCUGGCGCCUGCCGUCUUCAUGUCUGACCUCUACAGCCCGCCGCUGCGCGCCGCCGCGCCUCUGGCGCAGUCCAUCGCCGUGGCGUCGAGGGCGCUGCUGAAAGGGCGCACGCCGCCGCUCAGCCUGCCGGUGAGCCACCCGGCCACGCUGCUGCCCGCCGUCGUCGCCUACUCCGUGCUGGCCGGCUUCAGCGACCUCGAGGACGACCACCUGACGAUGGCGGUCUACCUGACGCACGUUUCUCAGGGCGGCUCACUGAGGCAGGCGGUCCACUACGCGCAGGAGAUCCUCAGCGGUCACUUCCGUCAAUUCGACUAUGGCCGCGCGGGAAACAUGCGGCGCUACGGUCGCGCUACACCACCGGACUACCCACUGGAGAAAGUCGCCAUCCCACACAUGGUCAUGUAUGGCGAUGACGACUGGUACGUCUCCAUGCAAGACGUGAAACGCCUGCAAGACGCUCUACCCAAAAACAUCGUGGAGAUGUACAGGGUGCCCGAGGUCGGCUUCACACACAUGGACUUCAUGUGGGGCCGUAACGCCAGAAGACUGAUCUACGACAAGAUCUUGGCUUCGAUUGUCAACACGGAGCCGCCGCUCGACGAGAGAUCUCUGAGGAAGCGGCGAAGCAAACUCUCCUACGCAGGGGGAAAAAGGCGGGACUGAAGACUCAUUGCGGUGGGAAGACGUAGACACUUGCGUGCUUUGUGUUAUAUCUACCUCAUCUGACCUUACUGUGAUGUAAAUGCGUACACACUUACGUGCUGAAGCGGAUACAUACUCAAAGUGCUAUAUCUACCUCAUUUGACGAAGGAGCUUCAGAUCGCCAAGCAUGACUGCGUAACCAGCUCAACAUGGCUCUCUGUAGCGAUAGUUGCUUAUACCCUGGUGCUAUUAAGAAAUAUGGCAUGACAGCACUCUACUACCGCCUACUUUAGAUCACAGAGUAACAGUUGAAAUCUUGCUUCGCUCUAACAGUCGACCCAAGUUUAACGGGAGUGUCACGCGUGCUUCUUGUCUUGGGGCCAAGUCCACACUGACUACAAGUGGUCGCCACAGGUCGGCAAUAUCAUGUGGCACAUUCCAGAAAACGGUUUAUAUCUGAUUCCGUGGUCUUGUUACUUUCACCACUGUAGGAGAUGGACAAAACAAACUGAUGUGGUGAUGGCAAUACCCAGUGUCCAAACAGACAUGUAAUGUCCUGGGGCGCUUUGUUAUAUUAUGAACAGUCACAGCUCAGCUCAUCUACAGAAUUUUAGACGGCACUUAAAAGUGCUGAGGAAUGUCUUCAGACAGAUUAAAACAAUGUACAGGGUAUCCACAUGAUUUCCAAGUAGUAGACGAUGGGACGUUAAACUCUAAAACUAACCUCAUUUCCAAUUGCAGUUACAAAAACAGCCAAAAAAUAAAAAACUAUGACACCUAGAAACUUAUGGCUUAUGGCAACAAGUAAAAUAAAUUGAAAAGUUUUGUACAAAAAAUUAAUUCAUUUUUACAUGGGCUUCUUUCUUACAUCUACAUCUACAUGAUUACUCUGCAAUUCACAUUUAAGUGCUUGGCAGCGGGUUCAUCGAACCACAAUCAUACUAUCUCUCUACCAUUCCACUCCCGAACAGCGCGCGGGAAAAACGAACACCUAAACCUUUCUGUUCGAGCUCUGAUUUCUCUUAUUUUAUUUUGAUGAUCAUUCCUACCUAUGUAGGUUGAGCUCAACAUAAUAUUUUCGCAUUCGGAAGAGAAAGUUGGUGACUGAAAUUCCGUAAAUAGAUCUCGCCGCGACGAUAAACGUCUUUGCUUUAAUGACUUCCAUCCCAACUCGCGUAUCAUAUCUGCCACACUCUCUCCCCUAUUACGUGAUAAUACAAAACGAGCUGCCCUUUUUUGCACCCUUUCGAUGUCCUCCGUCAAUCCCACCUGGUAAGGAUCCCAUAGCGCGCAGCAAUAUUCUAACAGAGGACGAACGAGUGUAGUGUAAGCUGUCUCUUUAGUGGACUUGUUGCAUCUUCUAAGUGUCCUGCCAAUGAAACACAACCUUUGGCUCGCCUUCCCCACAUUAUUAUCUAUGUGGUCUUUCCAACUGAAGUUGUUCGUAAUUUUAACACCCAGGUUCUUAGUUGAAUUGACAGCCUUGAGAAUUGUACUAUUUAUCGAGUAAUCGAAUUCCAACGGAUUUCUUUUGGAACUCAUGUGGAUCACCUCACUCUUUUCGUUAUUUAGCGUCAACUGCCACCUGCCACACCAUACAGCAAUAUUUUCUAAAUCGCUUUGCAACUGAUACUGGUCUUCGGAUGACCUUACUAGACGGUAAAUUACAGCAUCAUCUGCAAACAACCUAAGAGAACUGCUCAGAUUGUCACCCAGGUCAUUUAUAUAGAUCAGGAACAGCAGAGGUCCCAGGACGCUUCCCUGGGGAACACCUAAUAUCACUUCAGUUGUACUCGAUGAUUUGCCGUAUGUUACUACGAAUUGCGACCUUCCUGACAGGAAAUCACGAAUCCAGUCGCACAACUGAGACGAUACUCCAUAGGCCCGCAGCUUGAUUAGAAGUCGCUUGUGAGGAACGAUGUCAAAAGCUGUCCGGAAAUCUAGAAAUACGGAAUCAACUUGAGAUCCCCUGUCGAUAGCGGCCAUUACUUCGUGCGAAUAAAGAGCUAGCUCCUUUGCACAAGAACGAUGUUUUCUGAAACCAUGCUGAUUACGUAUUAAUAGAUCGUUCCCUUCGAGGUGAUUCAUAAUGUUUGAAUACAGUAUUUGCUCCAAAACCCUACUGCAGACCGACGUCAAUGAUACAGGUCUGUAGUUCGAUGGAUUACUCCUACUACCCUUCUUAAACACUGGUGCGGCCUGCGCAAUUUUCCAAUCUGUAGUUACAGAUCUAUCGGUGAGCGAGCGGUUGUAUAUCAUUGCUAAGUAGGCAGCUAUUGUAUCAGCGUAAUCUGAAAGGAACCUAAUCGGUAUACAAUCUGGACCUGAAGACUUGCCCGUAUCAAGCGAUUUGGGUUGCUUCGCAACUCGUAAAAUGUCUGUGCGACAUUCUGAACUCAUGUCCACACAAGCAUGUCAGUGGUGGUGAAGACCAUUGCAACCAUAUUUCUUUUACGGGGAUUGCCAAGGCCAUGUACGGGCGGGGCACACAAAUUGUCUUUCACAUGGUCCUGUAGGAAGAAUUCCAGAUGGGUUAUGUCUGGACAUCGCGGUGGCCAGUUGGUUGGUCCACCAAGCUCUAUCUAUCGCUGUGGAAACAUUCGGUCCAGGAAGUCACCAACGAGUGAACUUCACUGCAGUGGUGCACGUCCUCCUAGAGGAUCAAAUUUGGCUGAAGGGGAAGAAGCUGAGGGACAGAAAAUUGCUUCAGCUUGUCCACAUAAACUGUUCCUGUAACUGUCUGCUCGAGGAUUGUGUCGUAUCAGCCACAACACACAUUCACCUUUUCGUUGCCUCUGAUAUGUUCCCGAAAACUGUGGCGGUUUUUCAAACCACAGAUGUGAAUGAUGUUCCGAUUAAAGUCCUGACUUGUUUGAAAUGUUGCUUCGUCAGAGAAAAUCCCUAGAUUUCGCCUGACCCGGUCCAGUAUCUCAACGGCAAAUUCGCAGCGGAGCUGGAAGUCGUUUCGCUUCAGUUCUUACACAAUUUGCAGUUUGUAAACGUUUAGACGAAACUGUUUAAGCGGCACGUUGUGAGCUACUAAGCGAGAAAUGUUUACUCCCGAGAUUCUCAGUGACCUCAUGAACUUCUUUGGAAGGUAUCUGUGACCUUCUCCUCCAUUUCAUCAGAUGUGCUUCUGUCAGAACCUAUCUAUUUACACUCCCAAUGGCUAGUCAUACCAGGCCUUAAUCGUCUGGUGGCUCCCUUUGAAAUCAGGUCGAAAAUUUCUUUGGUCAGCCAUGAAUGAUUUCGUUUCCGUAUACCACAGAACACAUUGGGCUCUCUCCUGAGGUAUAGUCAUUUCUGGUAAUUAUGUAACACCUGAAACAAAACUAAAGGAAUCGUUUCGAAGAAAGAAAAUCUGUUCAAAUGGUUCAAAUGGCUCUGAGCACUAUGGGACUCAACUGCUGAGGUCAUUAGUCCCCUAUAACUUAGAACUAGUUAAACCUAACUAACCUAAGGACAUCACAAACAUCCAUGCCCGACGCAGGAUUCGAACCUGCGACCGUAGCGGUCUUGCGAUUCCAGACUGCAGCGCCUUUAACCGCACGGCCACUUCGGCCGGCAGAAAAUCUGUACGAAGCUUUUUGAGCUCCUUUGCAAUGAUGCCCCAAAACCACAAGUAUAUACAAAAUAUUGCUUUUAUGAAAUUGCCGGCCUAGGUGGCCGAGCGGUUCUAGGCGCUACAGUCUGGAACCGCGUGACCGCUAAGGUCGCAGUUUCGAAUCCUGCCUCGGGCAUGGAUGUGUGUGAUGUCCUUAGGUUAGUUAGGUUUAAGUAGUUCCAAGUUCUAGGGGACUGAUGACCUCAGAAGUUUAGUCCCGUAGUGCCCAGAGCCACUUGAACCAUUUUUUUUUUUUAUGAAAUUCGGGAGCUUUCUAGAGGACAUCAUGUACUACAUUAAGAGGAUAGGAAGUUCUCAGAAUACAAACAAUAUGUGGUCAGCUUUAAAGAAAUGUCAGAAUGUGGGUGUUCAACGUACCACACAUUUUCUCCAGGACAAUGAUGCAAUUAGUGAUACACAAGUGUUGUGCAAAAUGUUACGGUAAUAGCUGUGUAAUACUUCUCUCAAUUCUGUACUAUUAGUAAAUGUUUUUAUCCUUCACGUAGAAUAAUUUUGUAUACUUUU